AUGAAAUAUUUGAUUGGUUUCAUUUGCUUUUCUUUACUUCCUCACUUUGAUUAGCGAACAUAAACGUUAGUAGUUCCUAUUAUUAGAAAUUAAAUUCUUAUUUGCUAGAAAGCAAAAAACUAAUUUUUAAUGCACAUAAAUAAUUUGAUGUUUAACUAAUAGUGCCUAUAAUGGAGACUCUUUUUAAUUUAAUCAUAUUUAAACAGAAUAAAUUUUUAUGAAUUAAUUAGAUCUUCGUUACAAUUUUUUAUAAAUUUGGACUUUUGAAUUCCGAAAAGCAAGGAUUUUUAGAAUUUAAUAUUAAUUUUUAAUCACUCUAUUAGAGGGAUAAUCUUGCUUGCUAACUAAGAGGAAGGGUUAGUUAUUUCAGCUUCUAUAUCACAAAAUAGUGCUUCUGAAGAAUUUGAAACAGUUUGCGCUAACCCUGAGGACCCAAAAUGUGCUAAAUUUAUGAUCAGAGCUGCAAUAGACUUCAUAAGCUCCAAAAGCUCAGAAAAUCUUUUACUUCCCCUACAUAUCUUUUAUUUAUUAACGUUCCCAUUUUAUAUUUAUUUCAGCUAAAUUAUUUUUAUUUAAAAAUGAGUCAGAUUCAAGCUCUGAAGACUUUUUGUACGGUUUCUACAUGGGAAUCCAGAAAAAUCCUUUAUAUCCUAGCUUUUGUGUACAAUCAUUUACUCCUUUAUCAGUCUCUUACUCUGCUCUUAUUACUGGCUUUGAAUCAAUUUUCACAACCAUGGAUCUCAAUUAUUUAUUUGUAUCAAUCACCAACUUCAACGACUACAGUAACAAACUUGUAAGCUCCUGGGAUUUGUGCGGAGGAAACAACUUGGUUACAAUUUUAGAAAGCUUGGGGACUGCAAAUGGGAUUGGAAAUGCUAUUGUAAAUAUUGGCAAUAACUACUCUCAAAUAAUGACUAACUUACAACUGAUGUCUACAAGUAUCGAAAAUAAAGAAUACAUAAAUGCAGGGGUGGCAUUUGGACAGAUUGUAAGCGGACUGUUGGAGUUUUCAAUUUAG